UUAGGAAACAGAAACACUCCUCAGUCCUCAGUCCUCAGUCCUCAGUCCUCACCCUCUUCUCUCAUCUUUUUCCUUAAUUAUUAGAAAACUAUUUCCGCAAAAAUAAUUAAUUCAUGUGCAACCUACAAAUCUGCAGAUAUCGAAUUAUCUGAACAAGAUUAAGAAGAAAAGAUAAACCAUGAUGCACAAAAUCGACCUAUUUGAAGACUCAUAAAUCGUAACUGCCUUACAGUCCAAAGAAUUACGAGACCUAUGCUCCAUGUUUGGGUAUGUUACUCAACUUGAAGCUCUUGAGCACACUGUCACUACAAUCAAGGCUGUCCUCCUGGAUGCCGAGUCUAAGCACCAAGAGCUCUCCCAUGAAGGCCGAGUUUGGGUUGACAAGCUCAAGGAUGCUGUUUAUGAUGCUGAUGAUUUGUUCGAUGAGUUCACCACCAUUGCUAAGCGCUAUAAAGCAAUGCCAGGUGGUAAGAUCUCCAAAAAGGUACGCCGUUUCUUAUCUAGUGAAAACAAAGUGUUUUCUGCUUUUACUACGUCUCAAAAGAUUAAGAAGCUUAGGGAGAAGUUAGAUGGCAUUGCCAAAGAUCGUAGUGAGUUUGGGUUUAAUGAUGUGUAUGAACCUGUUAAGAGAAGAGAGGAAACAUGUUCUUAUGUGUAUGAAAAGAGUAUUAUUGGGAGAGAGGCCGAUAAGGAGGCCAUUGUUGACAUGUUAGUGUCUGACUCAAACUCUUGUGCUGAUAGUCAGGAAAAUGUUUCGUUUGUCACUGUUGUUGGGAUUGGAGGGUUGGGGAAAACUGCUCUUGCUCAACUUGUCUUUAAUGAUGAUAGGAUCAAGAGUAAAUUUGAAUUGAUGAAGUGGGUUUGUGUCUCUGAAGAUUUUGGCCUGAAAGAAGUCCUUUCGAAGAUCCUUGGGAGAGAUGAACCUAGAUUAGAAGAGCUGCAAAGAGAAGUCCGUCAAAAGAUAGAAGGGAAAAGGUACUUUCUUGUUCUAGAUGAUGUAUGGGAGGUGAGACAUCAUGAAUGGCUUAAGUUAAAGGAGUUCUUUGUUUUAGGUGGUAGGGGAAGUAGAAUUAUGGUAACUAGCCGCUCCAAAAAGGUGGCAGCAGCUAUUGGUAGCUAUCCUAUGCAUGAGUUGCAAGGUCUAUCGGAGGAAAAUUCUUGGUGUUUGUUCAAGAAAAUAGCAUUUGAGGAUAGGGAAGAGCAGGCCCACACUGAUCUAGUUGAAAUUGGCAGAGAUAUUGUCAACAAAUGUGCCAGAGUUCUCUCUCGAUAAAAGUGACGGCCAGCUUGUUGUACAAUCAAGAGAAAAUAAAAUGGCUAUCAUUCAAAAAUACUGAUUUGGCUAAAAUGUUUUCAGGUGCGGAUGACGUAAUGCAGACAUUGAUGUUUAGCUAUUAUCAUCUUACUCCUGAGUUGAAGAGUUGUUUAAGCUUUUGCUCACUCUUUCCUAAGGAUUAUGUCAUGAAGAAAGACAAGUUAAUUAGUCUCUGGCUGGCACAAGGCUAUCUUGAUCCAGUUUAUGAAGGUCAGAGUAUGUAAGAUGUGGGUGAAUACAAUU